UACAAUCGAACACCCAGUACUUAUGUAGAUUUUGUGUUUGUACGCAUUAGGUUAAUUGGGUUUAUAUUUGAUCAUUUAAUCGAACUAAUAAACAGUCUAAGGUAGUUUCUUUAGAAAAAGAAGCUGCGGCUUUCGGAAGCCAAAGGGUUCAGAAAACUUUAUAAACUCUAUUUUACCACAAAAUGACUCGUGGCAAUCAACGUGAAUUGGCGAGAGCGAAAAACCAAAAGAAACAGCAGGAGAUGGGUAAAAAUAAGAGAAGUGACGGUCUUACUCUUGAGCAGCGUAAAUUCAGAGAUGCUGAAAUGAUGAGGGAAAAACAACGAAAGAAAGAAGAGGACGCAACUGAGAAACGAAAAGAACGUUAUAAAUAAAAUUUUACCAUCAAGCAAUGGAUUUUGUAUAAAAUGAAUGAUAUAUGAUUAAGAUAAAUUCUUUAUUAUAUAAGUGAUAGUAUGUAUUUGACAUGUUAAUGUACCUAAAGCUGAUUUACAAAUUAAAAAAAAAUGUAAUAUUUUAGACUUUGAUUUAAAGUGAACAGUAACUUUUGCAUAGUUUUAUUUUUUAGUCUAUCACGUUUGUUUCAUAGUGUUGAUAAAAGGUUUAUACAUAUAGAGCUGGCUUUUUUUCCCAAUUUAUGUUACCUAUCAGGGUGCAAUCUCAUGAGGAGGAUAUAGGCUUCAGAAAAUAGACCAAGCCUAUAAUAGAAACAGUCAGUCAGUGCUAUUCUAUAAAAUUAUUCUCUAUGCUUACACAUUAGUGUCCAUCUUUGGCACUCUAAAUUUAACUUGAAUGUAUAUUUGCAAAUUCACAGAUUAUGAAAAAUAUCAAUGGUAGGACAGGUAUAGCCUAUAUAGUAUAUGUAUAUACUCGCUUCUAUUCUCCAGUAAUGUAAUCUAUCUUUCCCAUGUGAAUGCACACUUUUUAUGACAGAGAAAUAAAUAAACAUAUUUAGAAUCAGAAUGAGAAAUAUAUAAUGAAGCAGGUAAUAUUUUAUAUUUCAUCGUAAUGAAGAGAUUCAGUAUUCAUCUAAAUACUAAUUAAUCUAUGUGUAAUGCAAAUUUUUAUGAUUAAAUUCAGUUCUACAUUUAUAUAUAUACACAUAUUGUUUGAAAAGAGUUUUUGUAAUAAAAUUAUGUGUGUCCUUAUUCCGGAAACUGAAAAAAAAACCCUAUGCAUUAUUUUAAGCAUAAAAGCGUAGUACAGUUAGUACCUUUCAUUUUUUACGGCUCACAUGGUUCACAUUCAUAAGAACGAAAAAGCUACGAAUGAUAAAAAAGACCUAAAUAAUUUAAGUAAAAGUUACAGCUCUAUUUUGUAAAUUUUAAUACAAUUAUGAAUAAUUUUUCUGAUAGUUGCUACAUAUUUUUGAGAUAUAAAAACUGAGGAGAAAUUGAUUUUUCAUGUUACAACAGAUUUCUAUUUUGAUAUUCAUUUUGUAAUUGAUCUAUUAAUAUAAAUACGCAAAU